UCUCUGACGACGUAGAAAUGUGUCACGUCAGGACUUGGGCCGUCAAAAAUUAAGUGAGAAGAACUAGGAAAACAUUUUUCAUUUCAAGGGAAUGUUCUUAUAGGAAAAUAGAAUUGGAUUGUACAAAUUGAUUCGCAUUUCGCAAGAGCUGUGGAGUGUGGGGAGAUAAUUGGUUUUUUGUUUUAGUGAUUGUGUUAAGUUUUAAAGCGAACAAUCGCGAUGGCAUCAGCUCCCUCGAAAUCCGAUAUAGAUUCAAUUUUCAACAGACUUCGUUCGAUCGCCACUAAUAAGAGCUGUUUCGAUUGUAUGGCGAAGAAUCCUACCUGGUCUUCGGUAACGUACGGAGUUUUCAUCUGCAUCGAUUGCUCGGCAGUGCAUCGAAGUUUGGGGGUGCACUUGACGUUCGUUCGCUCGACAAAUCUAGACACGAAUUGGACAUGGCAGCAAAUCCGUCAGAUGCAGGUCGGCGGCAACGCGAAAGCAGCUCAAUUCUUCCGUCAGCAUAAUUGUAAUACUACCGAUGCACAGCAAAAAUAUAAUUCACGGGCGGCUCAGUUGUACAAGGAUAAGCUGGCAAAUCUGGCUCAGCAAUCUCUUCAGCUGCAUGGCACUACGCUCCAUAUUGAUAACACGCAUGAAAAUACUGCCGAGAGUAACAAGAAUGAAGAGGUUGAUUUCUUCACCGAUUGUGCCGGUUUCGAGGUAAAGUCCACGACUACGGACACCCAUAACAAUAAUGUGAAGCCACUGGAAGUCACCCAGAAUAAUGUGACCCCAAUGAGUAGUACGGUUGUGUCCGAAGGUCCUGAGACUCUACAGGGUCCAAGCGUUGAUUUUCUGAAUUCCACGGUUCCAGUUGAGCCUCCGAAACCUACUAUAGGCGUGAGGAAGAUUCAACCGAAAAAAGUUGGACUCGGUGGAAGGAAAGGUGGCCUUGGAGCAACGCGUGUCAAAACGAAUUUCGCUGAGAUCGAGGAGAAGGCUAAUCUAGCUGACAAACUUAAAAUGACCGCUGCGACUCCUGCUGUGGAGAAAGUGGCAAACGAGGAAGAACAAGCGCAGGCUCUGGCGAAUGUCCGAUUGGCAUAUCAGGACCUUUCAAUUAAACAACACAAAGAGGAGGAAAAGCUGAAGGCCAUCGAUCCAAACAAAGCGAAACAAGUCGAGCGACUUGGCAUGGGCUUUGGAUCGCGAGCCGGUGUGUCACAUUCCGCUAUGACCGACAUGAAAACGCUGAAUCAGGAAACGUCGUCCUCGAAAAGUGGUUCGUUUCUUACCAAAGCGUUCGAUUCCAACAACGAUUUUUUCGAUGACUACGCCACUUCAAUGUAUGGCAACAGUAGCAGCAGUGCUGGGAAUGCCAGCAAGAGCUCGAGUUCUUCCUUGAAAGACUAUAGUGAAGCCACCCUGAUGGGUUUCGAAACGAUUGAGCCCUUCGAUACGAAACACAACAUCCAGACAAUGUUCUCGCCGGCUUCCAGUGCAAAAAAUACAAGCAUCAGUGACCAACCAACAUACAGUCGGAACGCUGCCAGUAAGAAACCGAGCGGCCCUGGCGUUGAUUACGAACAAUCAGAUGCGGCGCAGAAAAAGUUUGGAACCGCUAAGGGUAUUUCUUCGGAUCAAUUUUUCGGCGAUGAAAGCACUUCCUUCGAGCGGUCGUCAAAUCUAGCCAAGUUUCAAGGUUCUAGUAGCAUCUCAUCGGCAGAUUAUUUCGGCAACGGAAGUCCCACAGGUAGCGCAAGUGGAAGAAAUCGAGGACCCAACCUACAAUACAAUGGACCGGACUUGGACGAUGUUAAGGAAAGUGUUCGCCAGAGUGUGACUAAAGUUGCCGGAAGGCUGAGUUCUUUAGCGAAUGAUGUUAUGUCAUCAAUUCAGGACAAGUAUGGUUAUUGAAUCAAAAUCCAAUCGAAUUAGCUUUAUUAACGGUGUUAUAAUAAGUUAUUGAAACGUAUUGCCAGAUAGUUUGAUCGCCAAGUGCGUCUCUUCUUAUUUUAAACGUAUGGAAAUGCCUUCUACUUUUUCGGUUUAAAUAUUUUUUUUUGUUUAAAACCCCGGACAAAUAGUCCUUAUAGGUAUCCAAGUUUAUUUAGUUUAAACAUGGGAACUGUUUCGUAACGAAAAAAUUUUUCUACAGAUGAAUUUAUUCUCACCCCACAAUGGUACACAUUCAUACAGCAAAGAGCAUUUUCCUAGUAUUAUAACACCCACACCCACAAGCACUUUACAAUAAACAAAAAAAGAAAUGAGAAGAGCCUUCGGCUGAAUGCUGCUCAUCAACAUCCCGUAUACUUAACUAAACGUGAAUCAACAAUCACUAAGUGUAACCCAAAUGAACAGCAAACCAGAAACCAGAAGAUGAUUUUUCGUUCGUAACUGAGUAAACAAAUUUUAAGCUAAGAAAGUCGAGGUGAAAGAUGGAAAAAAUAUUUAGUACAAUAGAGGCACCCGUUAAAUGACGACAGUUAAAGGACUAUAAAGGUGAAACAUAUAAAUAAGUCGAAUGAAGAAGCAGCAUGCUUUCGAUAAGUGAGAAUAAAUCCAUUUCCAUCGACAGGUCUUUAAAUAAACUGUAUUGUAUAGAUUGUAGCGAAAUACUAUUAUAUAUGUGUAAAUUUCUAGACCCACUUCAUCCGAUGGGACGAAAAAUAUAUAUUCUUC